UGACUCUGAUCCCGAUGAUGAAGUACAAUCUGAGGAACCAGGUCCCGCAGCAUACUUAGCCCAAAUAGAUGAGCCUGCCGUAAUAAUUAGGAAAGCGAGAGAAACGAUGGAAGAAUUACCCGCAGAAGAAGGCGAUGAUGCGAUGGUAAGAGAAGAACUACCGACGAAGAGUAGAGAAGAAAUGGUAAUAGAAGAAGAAGUGAGCACAAUGACGAUGAAUGAAGAAUUGACCGAAGAUCAAGUACAACAAGGAAAAGACGUACUGAUGAAAGAACGUGAUGCAUUCGCACAGAGUGUACAAGAGCUGGGACGUACCGACAUA